AUGGAAUGCACCACUAUUGCCUCGACGUGUAUGACAGUUUUCCGUAAAAACUUUUUACGCGAAAAGGAAAUAGGUAUUAUCCCUUCCGGUGGAUAUAGAAAAGCGAGCAAUUAUUCGCGUAAAGCUCUACAAUGGCUGGUAUGGAUGGAGCGCGAAAUCGGGCAUCCUAUUAACCAUGCGGAGCGUGCGCGUGAAUAUCGUACGAUUGAUGGCACGCUCGUCGACGGUUAUUAUGAAACGACCGAUGUUGAGACGACACAGCGUCACAUUUUACAAUUUCACGGAUGCUUUUGGCACGGGUGUCCGACUUGCUUUCCUUCGAAUCGCGAUAGAGCGCUUUCUUCGACUUCGGAUCAUGGAGAUACGAUUGCUUCGCGAUACGAGCAAACUCUCGCGAUAUCGUGGCGCCUUCGACAACGGGGGUACAUGGUGACGGAAAAAUGGGAAUGCGUUUUUGAUCGGGAUAUGCUCGAGAAUCGCGAAAUGCGAGAAUAUCUCGAAAACCAUCCGUUGGUGGAAACACCACCGCUCGACCCUCGCGAUGCAUUUUUCGGCGGCCGUACGGGAAAUAUCGUGACUCGAUACGAAGUUACGGGUGCAGAGAAAAUACAUUACGUAGACGUAUGCUCUUUAUACCCGUAUGUAUUGAAGACAGGCGCUUUCCCGAUCGGACAUCCAGAUAUUUAUGUCGGCGAAGAAUGCGCCCCUUUAAUCGGAAUAGCUCCAAAUUACAAUUUUGAUUCGCUCGAAGGUCUCAUACGCUGUACCGUGCUUCCUCCUCGCAACCUCUUUCACCCUGUACUUCCGUAUCGCGUGCGCGGAAAAUUGCUUUUCGCCUUAUGUCGUAGUUGUUGCGAAACAUUUGCGCAGACAUCCUGCACGCACGACAACAUUAAUGAGCGCGAAUUCGAGGGUACGUGGGUGUCGUGCGAAUUACGAAAGGCAGUCGAAAAAGGUUAUCUCGUGACGGCAGUAAGAUUUGGCAAUAUAAAGUUAGCCAAUUCGAUCGCGCAUCGCGACAAGGCGGUUUGUUCGCCGAAUAUAUAA